CUUAAAUGAUUUAUAAUGAAAUUAUCAAGAUUAUCUUCAUUAAUUAAUGCUCGAACUAUGAAAUUAAUCUCAUUGUUUUAUAUACAAAUUAUUUUUCAAUCAUUUUUCUUAUCAACAAUGAUAAUCAUUCCGACUGUACAUGCACGUAUGGGUCUAAUGAAUAAACUUCGAAUAUUAGCAUUGUUAUCGUUGGUGAAAAAAAUUGAUGUUGUCCCAUUUCCAUUGCCAUUACCAAUACCGAUUCAUAUUCAUGGAAAAGAUGAAAUUGUCUUUAUGAAUCCAAUAUCGACAAAUUCCCGUCCAUCAUAUUCAUCGGGAAAUGGAAAAGAAAUGUAUAGCUAUAGUGCUAGUGAAUUAUCACCCGUAUCAAUAUCGCCUAACAAUGGACAAUAUUUACGAUAUGGUGAUCGUAUUUCAGCAAAUAAUAGACCAGCACUUGGUGAUCAUCCUGGACAUACAACAUAUCGAAUGCGUAAAGCAUUUCGUAAUCGACAACCACCACAAUGGUAUAAGGACAUAAAUGAUAAAAAUCGUGACAAAAAAACGACCACGGCUAAAUCUAUUGAUCAAUCAUCAACGAUUGCUCAAGAUCCUAAAUCGGAUAAUGUUAAUUUGAAAGAUAUUAAAAUUAUUUUUAUACCCAUAAAAAAUCUACAACAAAAUCAACAACAAAAUGCAAAUCGAAGUAUAGAGACAUCGAUUAUAGAAUCCGAUAUGAAACAAUUAACAGAUGAGAUCAGAGAUCAAUUGAAUUUGAAUAAUAAUCAAACAAAUAAUGAUAAUUCGGUAACAUUGAAUUCAACAACAGGAACAACGAUACCAACUACAUCUACUGUUUUGAUGAAUUCGACCGAAACAGAAGCACCGAUUUCAACGGAAGAGCUAAAAGUAACUUCACCCAAAUCAAUUGAUGUUGACGAGCUUUUGAUUGAUGAUUAUGGCGACUAUGAUCGUCGACAGCUGCCACCAUCAUCACCGCAAAAUAUGGUUGAUAAUCAAUAUACUGUUGAACCACAGUUGGCUCCAUCUAUUGAUCAAACUUCCAAAUCUGAAUCUGAAACUUUCAUCAAAAAAGAUGUGACCAAAAUAAGACGACCAACACCAAAUUAUGAAGUUAUUCCACCACCUACUACUACAGCAACACCUACCUAUCAGGCAUCAUCGGCACCGUUUCCAAUACCAUCAUUAGAAUCUGAAUGGUUGAAACAGAAUUCAUAUGUUCCACGUGCUCGUUAUUAUAAAGCUCCUGAAUUGAAAAUCCUACAUCAUUUGAAACCAUAUCAAGACGAACAAUAUGAACAAUCUUCAAAUAAUAUUCCACCAUCAUCAUUGCAAUCACAAUCUUUACCUCAAUCGCCAUCAAUUACAAAUCAAUGGUCAUCAGUUAGGCCACAAAAUGAACCAUCACAUCCAAUACAAUUUCUUUAUUCGGUAUCACAUGCCAAUAAUGUUCCAAUGCAUUCGCUCACACCCACAUCUCAAUCAUCAUCAUCAUACAAUUUUAAUCCAUUAACAUCACAAAGGCCACACUUACAACCAUUACAGAUACAAUCAUCUAUGUCACAAUUUCAUCGAUAUCCGAUUGCAGAAAAUUUUGGUCUAGAUGCAUUCAAUCAUCAACAACAACAACAAUAUAGACGCCGGCCAUUAAUGGUGUCACGAAAACAUCCGGUUAUCAUUAACAAUAAUAGUAAUGAUAUAGAAAAAUGGCCAAUAACAUCUUCUUGGACACAACAUUUACAACCUUCAUCAUCAUCGCCAUCAUCAUCAUCAUCAUCGUCAUUAUUAUCUCGGUUUAGUAAACGAUUAUGGGGAUAAAGAACAAAAUGGACAACGAGAUUGAUUAAACAAAUUACAACAGAAAAAAAUCAUCAAUUUUUUUAAAAUUUUUAUUUUCAUUUUUAAAUAUAUCAUUAUUCAUCUAUAGUCAUCAUGUUAUUAAUUCAGUUAUUCAUUUUUUUUACGUUUCAUUUUCAAUUUUAAUUUUAAUGAAUAAAAAAUUUUGUUUAUUUCCUGGCUACUGGGAAUGAUGUAA